CUUCGUUCGGCGCGUUACAAGAAGCAGCGAUUCAGCCGUUCAGUCGUUCAGUCGCACCCCCGAGUUCAGUCUCAUCCCGGCACUCGUGGCAACAACAACGCUCUCGCUUUGCAACGCGUCGCGAGUCUUCAUAUCUCAGCUCUCAGUCAUCAGCUCUCAAGACAUUGCCAUCGGAAGUCGGUAUCGGUAUCGGACUGAGAAUCGGAAUCGGAUCGUAAAGGAUCAAGUGCGGAAUCGAAGAUCGAAAGGUGGCCAGGAUGCGGCAAUUGUGCACCACAAUUGGUCGCCAUCAAAGCGGGGCAAAGUGUGUGGUGAAGUGUGUCGCGUAAAAGGCUGCCGGAACAGCCGCGCGGCAAGUGGCCUCAGCACAAGAUACAGAUACAAAAUAGAAGAUCAAUUUUGGCCCAGUGAACAAGUUACAGAAAGUGUUUUCUAUCGCGCACCCUUUUCGACCCACUGCGGAUUACAAUCAGCCUAAAAAUCGAAUUUAACUACAAACCUAGAUCUCACUGCCACCUUAAAGUCACCACAAUGAAGCGCACGUCGCCUAGUGAAGCGACCACGAACAGCAGCAGCAUCAUGUUCUCCCGCCAGUGCCUUUCCCACCCGCCCCGCUCACCACCCACAGCCUCUGCCCAGCGCCGCUUGAGGCCCUCCACCCGCUCCACAGCCCCCAUGGCCUCCACUCGAUGGACGCUUAGUCUCUGGGCGCUGGUGAUCGCCAGUGGCUGCUCAAUGCUCAACACGCCGACAGCGGCAGCCUUCGAUAUUGCCACAUGCAAUGUGCCCCUGGGCAUGGAGUCGUUGGCCAUAACAGAUGCUCAAAUCACAGCGAGCUCAGCCCACGAUACGGGCUUCGUUGGUCCCCAACAUGCAAGACUGAAAACCGAUAAUAAUGGCGGUGCCUGGUGCCCCAAGCACAUGGUCUCGAACGCGCUCAAGGAGUAUCUGCAGGUGGAUCUGCUCCAGACGCAUGUCAUCACCGCGAUCCGCACACAGGGCAGAUUCGGCAAGGGCCAGGGCCAGGAGUACACCGAGGCCUACGUCCUCGAGUACUGGCGGCCGGGCUUUGACAAGUGGCAGCGCUGGAAGAACAUUCAGGGCAAGGAGAUUCUUCCAGGCAACAUCAACACGUACAGCGAGGUGGAGAACGCCCUGCAGCCGAUCAUCUUCGCCUCGAAGAUACGCAUCUAUCCUUAUGGCCAGUACGACCGCACCGUCUGUCUGCGGGCCGAGAUCGUCGGCUGUCCCUGGGAAGAGGGCAUCAUGUCGUACAGCAUACCCAAGGGCGUCCAGCGCGGCAUGGAGGUGGAUCUCUCGGACAAGACCUACGAUGGCAACGAGCAGGGCGAUCGCUUUGUGGACGGACUCGGUCAGCUGGUCGACGGGCAGAAGGGCAAGGACAACUUCCGCACGGACAUCCAUGGAUUCGGUAAAGGUUAUGAAUGGAUUGGCUGGCGGAAUGAUACCCCCGGCCUGCUCGGCAAGCCGGUGGAAAUCGUCUUUGAAUUUGAUACGGUUCGCAAUUUCAGUGCCAUCGUGCUGCACACGAACAAUAUGUUCACCAAGGAUGUCCAGGUCUUUGUCCAUGCCAAGGUAUUCUUCAGUAUUGGCGGAAGGUACUUCUCCGGAGAACCCGUACAGUUCUCGUAUAUGCCCGACACUAUAAUGGAUCAUGCCCGGGAUGUGACCAUUAAGCUGCACCAUCGGGUUGGCAAAUAUUUGAAAAUCAAUUUGUACUUUGCCGUCAAAUGGAUUAUGCUAUCGGAGAUCAGCUUUAUAUCCGUGCCCGCCCUGGGAAAUUUCACAGACGAGCAGGAGCAGCGGAGCAACUUGCCUGGUCUGGCGCAGGACACUCGCGAGUAUCCGCUGCAGAGCAACGAGUACCAGCACAACCACGGCAAGAAUAAGCCCAAUGGAGUGGGCGGCUCGGCCGGAGGCCCCGGAGGAGGCGUGGCCUCGGCGGACGGCGAGUCCGGCGGCAACAGCAAGUACAACAACGGACCGCAGUUAAUUGCGCCACGCCCCAUCGAUCAGGAGCCGAACGACGCCAACUUCAUCGGCGUGGUCAUCGUGGUCCUGACCACGAUUAUCAUCCUGCUGGUGGCCAUCAUCCUGUUCAUCGUCUCGCGAACCAAGCGCGCCCGCGGCAGCAACGUCCUCGACGCGUUCCAGUACAGCUUCAACCCGAACACCCUCGGCGGCAACGUGGACAAGCACCGUCCCAACGGCACCAGCAUCAAGGCCAGUGUGGACGAUAACGACUCGAUUGGCAAGAACAGUCUCUACCACGAACCCUUCAAUGUGAAUAUGUACACCAGUGGCGUGAAUGGCUACGCCGCGGUUAAUGAUUUACAAUGUAAUAUGACGCCCGACUACACAGAUGUGCCGGAAGGUGGCUAUGCCGUGCCCCACAUGCAGGACUACCUGCCCUCGUCGAAGGUGGGUGGCCCUGGUGGGCCCGGUGGCUAUGUAAACGUGCGCCGCACUCCACCGCCACCGCUGAGCAGCAUUUUCCCCCGACCCCCGACUGUGCCGCCGCCGCCCAUGGAGAAGUACUAUGCCACCACUGCCAUCUUUAAGCCGCUCAAGGGACCGGGCUCGGAGCGCAGCGCCGGCAGCAGCAGCAACACCAACACGGUGAGCAGCGGCGGCGGCAAGAGCAGCCACAGCCACAACAGCGGACAGGAGCACAGCGGCAUCUACGACGACGGCAUGGGCACCAUGAACUCCCAGUCCACCGCCCCCAUGAUCAAUCCGUACAGCAGCGGGAACAGCUCGGCGGCGGCCGCUGCGGCAGCUGCUGCCGAGUUCCAGCGGGCCAGGACAUAUAACUUUCGCAGCUAUCCCGACAACCUCUAGUUCGAAGCCUCGCUGAAGUUGGUGGCCGCGGCGGGCGGCGGCGUUGAGUCCGGCCUCGUGCCCAAGCGGACUCCCGCCGCCAGCACCACCAUGCCGAAGAAGCCGCAGCACCUGAGCCUGGCCAGCAGCGCGGCCGGUGGCAGCGGCAGCGGCAACGGCAGCAAGCCCAAGUACAGCCUGACCCUGCACAACAACAAGCAUGCCCAAGGAGGUGGCAAGAAUCCGCAAGCGGCGACUCUGCGCGAAGGUCACCAGCAGCGGCAACACCUCAAGGCCCUGCGCCUGAUGAGGGAGGCUGGCGAAGCAGGUGGAGCAGAGACGUCAGAGUACCGACGGCACAACGGCGGGGCGGGAUUGUCGCCCGCCGAGGAGGCGGUGGGCGUGCACCUGAAGGCCGGUGGAAAGUCAGCGACUGCCAACGGCGAGGCUUCGAGCAACAUGACGAAGUCCGGAAACGGAAGCACUGGAAUGGCGAACGGUGCCAUGAGGGCACAAAACAACAGGCUGUGGUAUCAUUGAUGAAAGCCCCAUAUUGAAUGGAUUUGAGCUAUGAAACCCUACGCAGAACUCCAAACGAAAACGCAAACUCCACCAGGAAGCGGUCCCUACGCAGAGGUUAGAUACACCAAGCUGGACCCACUCCACAAUUGCGUAGAGCUCGGAGGGACCGAGAGCAAGGCACAAAGCGUCGGAACACUUAAACCCACUGAGCAAACGAGAAACGAAAAGAAUCGAAACGUAACCAAGUCGCUUACCAAUCAUUUAUAGAGUAGAGUCGAGAAUAUGCCAACGAAGGAGCGGAGGUGAUGGGAGGAGACGGUGUCCAGAGCAUCCUGUAAAUAUCCGAGUUUAGGAAUCGGUCGGUAGUGAACCCCAUGCAUAUGAUAGUAAGCAAGCUGAAUUUUAAAGAAAAAACCCCGGAAGCAUCACGACGAACUCUCGAGCAAGAAAGCACACGAGCAAAGAAAAUAUUAAGACGAAUUUAAGGUUUAGAAUUUAGCCACAUAGUUUGUUUAUAAAACGAAAGGAAAUAAAUAAAUAUUGUAAUGAGUAAUGAUGAGUAACGAGUAACGAGUAACGGUAGUAGCGAUACGAAUAACUAGCAUAUAAAGUUCAACUGAUUUGUAGUACCUUUUCGAGAAGAACACUGAACAUCUGCAAGCUAACUGUACAUGCCUGUGAACCUACCCCUGACUAAGGCCGAACUAUCUAGCCCCCAACAAACACGCCUACCCUCAUACGCCCCACUACCGAAGCCCCCCACUGUAAAUUUCUGUGUAUAAUCUAGGACAGGUAUCGGCGAGAUACAUAGAUUGUUUGCUAAAUAGAUGGAAGCGCCGCGUCUAGCAAAGUUACCUAGGGUGAGACGGUCGAGCGAGAUAAUGACGAUGAUGAUGAUGAUGAUAAAAUUGAAACGGAAUUUAACGGACCAAGAUUGCGUGCAGAGCGACGUCGCCUAAACCAAGUAAAAUGAAGUUUUCAUCAAUGAUUUGUGAUUCAAUAUGCAACUACUUAUAGGCCCGCAGACGCGAGUAUUCAGUUCUUAAUGCUAACCUUAAUUUAUGGAAACGUACUACCCGCUAACAAAUGACUCUGACUAUAAAGCAAGCACUAUGAAUAUUUAAAUCGAAACAAACGUAUUUAUAAUUAAUAUUAAUGGAUAAUCAUGUAUAUGUUCCUUUUUAGUUUAAUGCGCAUAAGUAUCACCAGAAAACGUACUAAGAGUUAAACGUAGUAGCUUCAUAGUAGUUUAAUAAAGCAGCAGCUGCGCCAGCAGCAGGUAACUGGCAGCAUUUUAUAAACCAGGAAAAUAGGCAAAACCAUAGGCGAGUUGGAAAUAGCAUUAAAGGGUAAACCAGCCGAGGCACUCAGCAGCAACAACUUACACGGCAAAUCGUAGUUAAAAUAGUAGAACAAAUAAGGAAACAAAGCAGGCACAUACAUUCACACACCCCACACACACACACACGGACAAGAUAUUUAAAAUGUUUGUGCAAUCUUUUUCGAAAGUUUUUAACAAAAAAAAAAUAAAAAUAUAGUUACCAAAAAAACAUAACAAAAAAAUUAACGAAUUAACGAGCUAUAAGAGAAAAGUUACAAGAAUAUUUAAAGUAUAAAAUUAGGCUCCGAGAUAUGUCUGUAUGUAUUCCUCGACUUUCUGCACAAAUUCUUCACUUUCCAACUUUCCUUUGUACUAAACGUUUGCCGAAGCUGGCCCCCCGAUCCACACACUCAACACGCAACAAUGCAACAUGCAACAUGCAACACUGAUAAAGCACACUUUCCGCCACUGAAAAGAACACUAUCAAUCAAAAACGAAUCACGAACCUACCUACAAGACUUGUGUAAAUUAAUAUAACGUAAAACUCGAAAUUAAUCGGUUAGAGACUAAGUUAAACAUACAUUUUGUAAAAAUUAAUAAGAGUAUACUGUAAAAAAUUAUAUACUAAUUGUAAUGGUUAUCCGUUCUUUUGGAAAUCACGGCAAAAAACAUUAAAGUUAUCUUUUUUUGCGGUGUGCUUGUCAGUUGAUUUCCAUACUAGUUUAAUUUCUAAAUUAAUUUAAAUGCAUUUAUUGUGUGUACAUUUUUCGAAGGCAAAUAUAUAGUAUUCAAUUAUUUAAACAGCAAAA